AUGACAAAAGUUUUCUACGAGUCGAAAGAUAUAUUUCAAAAAUAUUCCAAAACAGAGCCUUUUAUACUUGUAUGCCUGAGAGGAACAUGUUUAAUAAUCAGUAUAAUAAUCCUUUUAGUGUAUUUUGCAUUCUUGGUAUACUUUAUCGCCACCGAUAAACCUCAUUUGAUGACGGUUUUGGUGCCCAAGCCUUAUAUUCCUGUUCCAGAUCGAUUAAGCAAUGAUAGUGAUACAAAUUCAUGUACAAAUUAUUACAUAAAUGCAACGCAAUGCUCUACAGAAACAGAUGAUAAUCGAUUUGAUGGCCGUUGUAUCGGUCAAUUCGAUAGUCGAAAUUGGCUAUCAGCUCCUCAAAAUAUGUUAAAUUAUACGAUCGUACCAAGUCAAAACAAACUUUAUGCAAUCCUUUUCAAAAUUUACAUGCAAAAUGAUACGGGGUAUAAUGCUAGCUCUGAUACUGGAAUGAAAGUCAGGGUUUUUGAAUCCACCUUUAAUCCAAUGAGAAUUAAUGAUCACUUAAAACUUCUUAUGCAACGGAUUGACCCAACCUAUUAUAAAAGGUUAUAUAAUUUAAAUCUACAAGUUUUGGCCUAUCAACAGGUUGAUCAAAUGUAUAUCACCAGAAAUCAAAGAUACUACCAAAUGCCUAGUUUUCUGAAUGUCAUUGGAAUUCCACCAACUUAUUUUAAGGCUCCUUUUAUUGAUUCUACCUUCGGUUAG